UCCAUUUUUUCCAUGAUAGUUGUACAUGCAUUUAAUUUUUUGGGUGCAUUAAAGGUCUUGUUAUUAACUUCUCUAUUAAUCAUUAAAAAACUUGCCCGAAACAUACAUCCCCAUAUCGUUUUCGCUACUCAAAUAUGAUUCCAAAGUCAUUUCAACCUCUGGUCAUCUUCCUCGUGUUGAUCACUGUUGUGUUUGCUCGGGGACAGCCGCUUCAAGCUAAUUACAUCCAUGUAGAAGACACAUCCAUCGACUGUGGCUCUGACGCGAUUAACAAAACCGCACGAGACGAUCGGAAGUGGAGUGGAGAUAUCAACUCUAAACUAUUUCCCUUAAAAUUUGACAAAAAUAGCGAUUCAUUUGCCUCCCCAGUUGACAGAUCUAACCCACCCGACGGAACAGAUCCCGUCCCUUAUGGAACCGCGCGUCUCUCGUUCACAGAAUUUACCUACACCAUUCCGGUAACUCCAGGCCCAAAGUUUGUUCGGUUGCACUUUUACUCAGCUACUUACCGAAACGUUAGUAUUUCCAAAGCUUUCUUCUCAGUCAAAGUCAAUGAUCAAUACACCCUCCUAAAUAACUUCAGUGUUUCCUUGAAUGCUGAUUUUUUUAGCAGAAAAGAUAUUGUGAAAGAAUACUACGUAAACGUCGAGAGUUCCAAAUCGACGAUGAGCAUAAAAUUCAUUCCUAGUACUUCAAUUUCCGGGGCCAUUGCUGUCAUCAAUGGAAUCGAAGUCGUAUCGUUACCGGCAGGUCUUUAUAACACCGAACAUGGUCUUAGGACAUUGGGAGAUACUCAAUUUUCCCCGCUCAAUAGCAACAUAGCUAUGGAGACUAUGUAUCGCAUAGAUAUAGGUAGCUCAAGAUCCAUCCCACCCAGAGAAGACACGGGGUUUUUUCGUAAUUGGGAUAAUGAAGAUCCAUACUUGACCAAGCGAGGAAGCAGUCUUAUACCAGCCGAUACUUCUGCAGUCCUUAAUUUCGAAAUGGUUCCAAAUUAUACUGCACCAAAAGCCGUGUAUCAAACAGCCAGAACAAUGGGUAACAAAGACAAAGAAAUUGUUAGGAGCUACAAUCUCACAUGGGAAUACCCGGUGGAUAAUGGAUUUAACUACAUGGUAAGGUUGCACUUUUGCGAAAUUGUACUUCAAAUGAAUUCGUCCGGUGAUCGGGUGUUUUCCAUUUUCAUAGCUGACCAAACAGCAGAGACAGACUUCGACGUGAUCAAGCUGGCUGGUGGUAAAUUUGUUCCUUAUGUCACAGACUAUCUAGUCUCAAUGUUUAAUAGCAGUACAGAGACCCCAAUAAACCUCUCUAUCGCUCUGCAAGCAAGUCAACUGGAUUCGCAAUCAUUAUACAAUGACGGAAUCUUAAAUGGGGUGGAGAUAUUCAAAAUGGGCUCCAAAAAUAACCUUGCCGGUCCCAACCCUAAAGCAAAGCCUAAAUGGUCACCUAAUAACUUAUUCACCAAGGAAAAUGGAAAGAAGACCAGAUUGGUUGCCGGUAUAAUAUCUGGUGUCGUUUCUGUCGUAAUUAUCCUCUCACUUCUUGCAUUUUUCGUCGUCCGGCGAGGAAGAAAAAUCAAAGACUCGGCCUCCAGCAAAGGAAUUAGGUGGGCCCCCAAAUCCUUUGCUACGACCAAGUCAAGCAAAGCGGGCGGAUCAUCAUCAUUGCCGUCUGAUCGCUGUCGCGACUUCUCAUUGGUUGAGAUCAUAGCUGCCACAAAUAACUUCGAAGGUAUUUUCAUUAUUGGGGUCGGAGGUUUCGGCAACGUUUACAAAGGAUACAUAGACAAUGGGACCAUACCAGUUGCAAUCAAACGACUUAAGACUGAGUCAUCUCAAGGGAUCCAAGAGUUCAAAAAUGAGAUCGAAUUGCUCUCCCAUCUCCGCCACCGACACCUUGUCUCUCUCAUUGGCUAUUGCAACGAAGACCCCGAAAUGAUCCUCGUCUACGAUUACAUGUCCAAUGGGACCCUCCGUGACCAUCUUUACAAAACUGACAACCCACCUCUGACGUGGACACAACGCCUCCAGAUUUGUAUGGGAGCAGCUAAUGGAUUACAUUAUCUACAUACAGGGACAAAGUAUACAAUCAUCCACCGUGAUGUUAAAACUACAAAUAUCCUUCUGGAUGAAAAUUGGGUGGCCAAGGUUUCUGAUUUCGGUUUAUCAAAAACUGGGCCCACUAGCAUGUCCAAUGCCCACCUCACCACAGUUGUCAAGGGUAGUAUUGGGUAUUUGGACCCUGAAUACUAUAGGCGCCAACAGCUAACUGAAAAGUCGGACGUUUACUCAUUUGGUGUUGUUUUGUGUGAGGUUCUUUGUGGUAGGCCACCUAUACUAAGGACAGCACAGAAGGGACAAGUCUCCCUUGUUGAAUGGGUACAAAAUAGCUAUCAGAACGAAACGCUUCAUGAGAUUAUGGACCCGUAUCUAACGGGUAAGAUUGCACCAGAGUGCUUGAAGAAAUACGGUGAGUUAAUUAUGCAAUGUAUGUUGGAUAAUGGGACAGAGAGACCUUCGAUGAAGGACAUUGUGUGGAGACUGGAGUUUGCACUUCAAUUACAGAAUUAUUGGGAGGCUAAUAAUUACGACAGUGUUGAUGGUGGGGAACUAAAGACGAAGGCCGCUGAGGAUGAGGUUACUCUCUUGAAAACUUAUGGCAACAAAAUUGACAUUGGUGAUGAUGAUGGGACAUUUACUAGUAGCUGGGCAGAGACGACCGAGUCAAAAAGCAGUGCCUCUACUAAACUGAUCAGUAGUAGCAGCGACGACGAUUCUAGGAAAAGGAUGUCUGGGACUGUGUUCUCCGAGAUAACUGAUUACCCAAAAGGGAGAUGAAUGAGUCAAUGAAGAAAAAUAUUAUAUAUAAUUAUGAUAUAUUGCAGUUUUAUAUCAGUUCGAUUUUAACUACUGUAAUAAAUAAUAUAUGCCAAUUAGAUUAUUUUAAGUGUCUAGCCUGUUUUUAUAAUAUUUUUUUGUAAUUUCGUAAAACAAGUUCCCAAGCAAUAAAUAAAUUAUAACCCUAGAACUAUAUUUUUAGCCUUAAAAA